AUUUAAUAUGACUAAUUUUAUUAGGAAAUAAAAAGUAAUCAUGUAAGAACAGUAGAAACUACAUCUAUCAAUACAGCCAUGAUAAAUAAAAGAAAUAUCUACAAGCUUGCUGUUCCAAAGACCAGUAUUUUUCCGGUUCCCUGAGUAGUCGGUAGACAGCAGUCAAUUAUUUUAGUCAGCUUGUUUACUCGCCUGCGUUUACGUAAAAUCUAUCUGAAUAACUCAUUUUAAGCAGCAGUUUUGACCUCAAAAAUGCCUAGCUACAAGCUCACUUACUUUCCUGUAGCUGCACUUGGUGAACCCAUCAGGUUUUUGUUGAGUUACCUGGGGGAAGACUUUGAAGAUUACAGAUUUAACAGCGAAGAUUGGCCCACAAUCAAACCAAACAUGCCUUUUGGUAAAGUACCAGUCCUAGAGGUCGAUGGUAAAAAAGUCCAUCAGUCGACUGCCAUAUCUCGUUAUUUAGGAAAGCUAGCUAAGCUUGCUGGCAAGAAUGACUGGGAAGCACUUCAGAUUGAUGUCGCUGUUGACACACUACAUGACAUGCGCCAAGCUAUUGCUAAUUAUUGGUAUGAUGACAAUGAAGAAACCAAAGCUAAAAAGCUUGGACCACUUAAAAGUGAAAUAUUACCAUUUUAUUUGAGUAAAUUUGAUGAACUUGCUAAAGAAAAUAAUGGCUAUCUGGCUAAUGGUGAAUUAUCUUGGGGAGAUCUUUACUUUGUUGCCAUAUCUGAAUACUUGAUCAAAAUGAUUGGCUUUGACUUUUAUGAUAAGUAUGAAAACCUGAAGCAAUUAAGGGAGAAUGUUCUGUCCCUUCCAAAGAUCCAGGAAUGGAUCAAAAAGCGCCCCAAAACAGACUUUUAGAAUUGAAUUAAUGUUCCUGUAUUUUCUCUGCUCCAUUGAAGCCGACAUUCAAUAUACUUAUAUAUGUCAUGUUUUGUUUUUGCUUUUUUUUUUAUUUAACUAUUAAUAAAUUUAAUAAUUGAAAGAUAUUAUAUAAUGUAUUCUUUUCAUUCCUCAUUAUUUUAAAAUUAGUGUGGUGUAUAUUCAUUUGAUUGAAUCAUGCUAGUUGGUUUACUAAGAGUUUUAAUUGUAUCUUGGCAUUUGAAACUGCAGUGUUGCCUGCUCCAAUUACCAGGAUGUUAAGGAAAGCGUUAUAGAUGUGGACUGCUAGUUAUUUUAAAAAAUAUUUAUCUUAUAAUUAUUUAUCCACAAUCAAUUUUGAAGAUAUUCCAAUAUGUUUUUAUAUCAUUGUAUUCAGAAGAAAUUAUGUUAACAAACAAUAGCUGUUUGUCUAGUUGCUGUAACAAUGGUAGUAAUUUAACUUUUUUUUUCUAUUGAAACAGACCUAUAAUAAAUCAUGUUACAAGGAAUAACUGUUUGUUUACUUGCUGUUUACAAUGCUAGUAAUUUAGCAUAAUGUUUUUCUAUUGAAACAAACCUGGGAAUUUAUUAAUUAGUAAUUAUAGAACACAAUUCUUCAUCAUAACUCAUAAUUAUAUCGAGAUUGGUCUUGUG